CUCGUUAUCUUUGCGCCGUCUGUCAGAUAAACACUUAUUUUGAUGCUACUUGUUAGCACAGGCUGCUAGUGCUAGCAAGAAUUUUAAACUGUGUCAACGCCAUUUGGGAGAGUUAGAAAGCGCAAAAGCGGCUAUUAUUUAGCUACUUUGAAAGCUAGUUUUGCUAGCAGUGGUAUCCGUUGUUUACCUUCCAGGCUGUUCAGCCGAAGGGGAUUUCUUUUAGUGGUUUUAGUUUCGUUAAGGAUAUUGCAUAAUGUGGCGGUAAGCUGUUGAUGUAGCUUAAUAUCAGUCUGUUUAACACGCUUUUAUCGCACACGACCGUCACUAACGUCUGAGGAGCCGUAGCUGUGUCCAACCAUGGGAAGCAGCAGGAUAUACGUUAGCAUCGGAUAUGCUACCUUUGGUACUCUGGUUGGACUUUCGGCUUUCUUGGUCUGGAACAUCGCUUAUAAGCAGCCAUGGACCGCGGCCAUGGGAGGCCUGUCAGGAGUUUUAGCACUCUGGGCUCUUGUGACACACAUCAUGUACCUGCAGGACUACUGGCGCACCUGGCUCAAAGGCCUCAAGUUCUUCAUCGCUGUUGGUAUCCUCUUCUCAGUUCUGGCUGUGGCUGCCUUCAUCACCUUUCUAACUCUGGCCAUCACGCAGGAGCAAUCUCUCGCUGAUCCAAGGAGCCUCUACCUCUCCUGUGUAUGGAGCUUCCUAACCUUCAAAUGGGCUUUUCUCUUGGCCUUGUACUCAAACAGAUACCGCCAGGAGUUUGCAGACAUCAGCAUCCUCAGUGAUUUCUAGUCAGUACUGACUUUAUACACUGCAGUGGACUUUAAAGGGUUUUAGGUGGCCAGCAGGAGCUGGUCAAUGAGCUUUUGUAACAAAGAGGAGGAAAAGCAGACAUGGCUAGAUUAAACAGUCACCUGACUUUAA